GCUUCUUCAAGCUUAAAGAUUUGUGUAUCUCUCGUUCUUGUAAUGGAAAUCUCCGCCAUGAAAACGAAUUUUCUUGUACUGGCUUUGUCUCUGUGUCUUCUUCUUUCAAGCUUCCAUGAGGUUUCUUGUCAGGAUGAUGGUAGUGGUUUGAGUCAUUUGGAUCUAAUAGAACGUGAUUAUCAAGAUAGUGUCAAUGCUCUUCAAGGCAAAGAAGAUGAAGAUCAGUCUGCAAAGAUUCAGAGUGACAACCAGAAUAACACUACAGUGACUGAUAAGAACACUAUUUCUCUGUCUCUAUCAGAUGAAUCUGAGGUUGGAUCUGUUAGUGAUGAAAGAGUCAAAUCGAGUCUGUUGGAUCAAAUCGAACUUGAAUUCGAAGCUCAUCACAAUAGUCUUAACCAAGCUGGAUCUGAUGGUGUCAAGGCUGAAUCCAAGGUUGAUGAAGAAUUAUCUGCUCAUAGACAGAAAAUGUUGGAAGAAAUCGAACGCGAAUUUGAAGCUGCUUCAAGUAGUCUGAAACAACUAAAGACUAAUGAAAUAAACGAAGGAAAUGAUGAAGAACAUUCUGCAAAGAGGCAAAGUUUGUUGGAAGAGAUCGAACGCGAGUUUGAAGCUGCUACAAAAGAGCUUGAACAACUAAAGGUUAAUGACUUCACCGGUGACAAAGAUGACGAAGAACAAUCUGCUAAGAGAAAAAGUAUGCUUGAAGCUAUUGAACGCGAGUUUGAAGCUGCUAUGGAAGGCAUUGAAGAACUAAAGGUUUCUGAUUCUACCGGAAGUGGAGAUGAUGAAGAACAAUCUGCAAAGAGACUAAGUUUGUUAGAAGAGAUCGAACGAGAGUUCGAAGCUGCUACAAAAGGUCUUGAACAACUAAAGGCUAGCGAUUCAGCCGGGGACAAAAACGAAGAAGAACAAGCUGCAAAGGGACUAAGUUUGUUAGAAGAGAUCGAACGAGAGUUCGAAGCUGCUACAGAGAGCCUUAAGCAACUUCAAGUUGAUGAUUCUACUGAAGACAAAGAACAAUCUGCAAAGAGGCAAAGUAUGCUGGAAGAGAUCGAACGCGAGUUUGAAGCUGCAACAAAAGAUCUUAAACAACUAAAUGAUUUCACUGAAGGCAACGCUGAUGAUGAACACUCUGCAAAGAGAAACAAAAUGUUGGAAGAGAUCGAACGCGAAUUUGAAGCUGCUACAAAAGGUCUUGAACAACUAAAGGCUAAUGACUUCACUGAAGGCAGUGACAAUGAAGAACAAUCUGCACAGAGAAAGAGUAUGCUUGAAGAGAUCGAACGCGAGUUUGAAGCUGCUAUUGGAGGUCUUAAACAGAUAAAAGUUGAUGAUUCCAGAAACAUCGAAGAAGAAUCUGCUAAGAGAAAGAUAAUGUUGGAAGAGAUGGAACGCGAAUUUGAAGAAGCACACAGUGGCAUUAAUGCAAAGGCUGACACAGAAGAAUCUGCAAAGAAACAGAGUGGCUCUGCUAUACCAGAAGUUCUUGGACUUGGACAGUCAGGUGUUUGUGGCUGUUCUAACCAAGACAGUGCUGGUUUACAAGAAGACGAAGAUGGUUCGAUCAUUAUACCGACAAAAUAUAGCAUAGACGAGAUCCUCUCUGAAGAAUCUGCAGUCCAGGGAACAGAGACUUCUAGUCUCACCGCGUCUUUGACUCAACUCGUUGAGAAUCACAGGAAAGAAAAGGAAUCUCCACUGGGACACAGAGUUCUCACUUCUUCUUCUUCUGCUUCUUCCACAAGCGAGUCAUCUGCUACAUCAGAGACUGUAGAAACCCUAAGGGCUAAACUGAAAGAGCUUCGCGGCUUAACCGCUCGUGAGCUUGUGACACGUCAAGAUUUCGAUCAGAUUCUCAUUACGGCUGCGAGUUUCGAAGAGUUAAGCUCAGCUCCAAUCAGUUACAUCUCUAGGUUAGCUAAAUACAGAAACGUCAUCAAAGAAGGACUUGAAGCUUCUGAGCGAGUUCACAUCGCGCAGGCACGAGCGACAAUGCUUAAAGAAGUUGCCACGGAGAAGCAAACCGCCGUGGACUCUCAUUUCGCAACCGCUAAAACGCUUGCUCAAAAAGGAGAUGCGUUGUUCGUUAGAAUCUUCGCGAUCAAGAAACUGUUGUCAAAACUUGAAGCAGAGAAAGAAUCUAUUGAUGGAAAGUUUAAGGAGACUGUGAAAGAACUUUCUCAUUUUCUUGUUGAUGCUUCUGAGGCUUACGAAGAGUAUCAUGGCGCGGUGAGGAAGGCGAAAGACGAGCAAGCGGCUGAGGAAUUUGCGAAAGAGGCGACACAAAGUGCAGAGAUCAUUUGGGUUAAGUUUCUUAGUUCUCUUUAGAGAACAAUUGAGAUUCUUGGUUGUGUUAAGAGCAAAUCUAGAGCUCUUGUUGGUUCUUGUGUUGUAUUUUGUGAUGAUGUUCUGUUUCAGAGUUUGUGUGUUGGUUAUAUCAGGAGAGAGAGGUUGAGAGAUAGAGAGGAAGAGAGUCUCUGUGAAAACUAAUAAUGUUUUUUCAGAUUUCUAAUAAUAAAAGCUUUCAGGAAUA